AUGGCUUCGUCAAGCGAUGGUCCCGAGUUUUAUCUUAGCGCCAUCGAGAUGUUUCGGCGCCUGGACGCACAAACCAGCGGCAGAAAAACGUUCUGUGUGCUGCCAUGGUGUGUUUAUUGCGGAUAUGAUUUCAUGCUUGGUGAUCGAAUCUUAAAUCAUAGGGACGAAGGGAGCACAACCUGGGUGGUAACAAGUCUUUCUCUCACCUUGAGCCACAAGCCAAAUUGGAAGGUUGAAUGUCAGCCGCCGCGUGGUGAAGUUGCCAAGGGGCAAAGUUUUUGCGCAUGCGGUCUCCGUCAAGCCGCCGCGUGCGAGUACAGUGGCUUUGGCUCCCACGCGUGCCACAGAGCUUGUCAAGAUAUAGUGAAACCAGGUAUGAUUGGUGGUCAAUUUCUUACCAUGGUCGAUUACUACAAGGUCAGACGGCCUUCUUUCAGGCCUACCGCGUCAGAGAGUCAACGGAGACGUGCAUUCCUGGAAGAAGAGCUUGUUUCACUGCUUGCUGACUGCAUCCCGAAACUACCCGCGGAACUGCUAUAUCAAAUAGCGGGUUAUGCGUCGUCCGAGUAUGCCACUACUCAUCUCAUAACACAGAUGGCCAAACAUGAGCCUCGGAAUACAGUAUUCGACUUAAGAAAGAACAUCUGGGCUGAAUACGUCGACUUUGAGGGUCAAACGUACAUCCGGGCGCUCUCCAACACGAAUUUCGACAUCCUGGACGGAGUGUUCAAGGGCACCUGGAAGCUCAUAUUCAGUGAAAAGCAAUACCACAGUACACAGAUAAUUUUGAUCGAAAUGUCUACCCUUGGGAUCCGAAGGAUUAUAUUCACGGAUGAUUCCUCCAGGCCCGAGAUUGAAGAAAAGCCGGACAUUUGGUGGCAAGUGAUGAGCUUUCGAGGCGGGCCACUUAUCGUUGCAGAGACAGAUGGUGUGAAACUACGCUGCUUAACCUUCGAGGCUGAGAGGUUCAAGCGUGUGAGCACUCGUCCCAGUCCAAAUGUCAUGUGGCCCACGCCAGCCAGAUAUGAUCACCACGAGCUGUUAUCUGUAAACUCUCAACAAACUCCGACACCGAGAUCACAUCUCCGCAGACAGCCACGGCGAAUGGAUUCUGUUGACCUUCGAAGUCCCGAUAUACUUGGACUCUCAUUCGCAAUCUACAAUGGCAGGAACCCGCACAAUAGCCGUCCCAUCGCAAAUAUCCAUGCACACUUGCCAGGAGAAAAUCACAGCUUCUAUCGUGAGGUUGAGAAGAAAGCCCCGGAUCGUAUAACAUGGCUCUAUAUCCCCUUGGAGUCACAGGAGCUCAAAACAAGUAAGGGUCGCUCUUACCAUAUCGGAUCGGUGAAGCAUGACCCAAAUCCGCAGUGGAAGCUGGUCCAUGCCUCAAGUCAAGGCCUGAAGCGGAUGUUUUUCGAACAUACUGACGACACAACACUCGAUACAUGGAGUCUUGGAUUCGACCGUAGCGAUGCUGUGCAUGCGACAACCAGGGCUAAUGAGACCCAGUCGCAGGUUCAUCCAGCAUUGCAUUGGGCUCAUUCGCUUCAUAUAGAUCCAGGGCCGAAUUGCUCCUCCGCGGUGCUCGACGGCGUCAUUGAAGUUACGCAAUGCCUACGGAUAGCCAACAGUCGCAGGUCGCCUGGCAUCGGGAGGUACACCUCGGGGCUUUUACUGCGCUAUCACGAUGGGCACGUGGAGAGACUCGGAGAAGCCCGUCUCGACCUCACGGAAAGCCGCAAAGUUCUCCCAACAGAUGUCAUCCGCUUCAUCUUCCAGAGUAAUCAGGUCAAAUUCUGCCUGGUCGGCCCACCCCAGGAAAACAAUGACCCAAACGCGGCAAAUGUCGAGAUACCCAUGCGUGGAACUCUGCACUGGUGCUUUCGUGAGGAGGAGGUUUUGCUCAGGCACAACGAGCAGAGAAUUUCCGCAAGGAAUUACCCAACGUUUGAAUAA